CUCUCCUCACUCGACCACACCCCUCUCCCUUCUCCCUCUCCGCGCCUCCUCCUCCUCCCACCACCCCCUCAGCCUCCCAUGGCGGCGCUGCUCUCUCCCUCCUCCGCCUCCGCCGCGUGCCCUCCCCGCUUCGCCUCCGCCCCCAACUCACUUCGCGCUCGGUUUCACACUACGAGGCGCUUCCAUGGCGGAUUUGGAGUCGGGUUUGGUAGCGGACCCCGCCCCCGCCGCCUCGUUGUCUCCAACGUCGCCGCUCCUCUCGCGCAGUCCACCGAACAGGUGGCGGCAAAGGAGACCCAGCGCCCGGUGUAUCCGUUCUCGGCCAUUGUGGGGCAGGAUGAGAUGAAGCUCUGUCUCCUCCUCAACGUGAUCGACCCCAAGAUCGGCGGUGUCAUGAUCAUGGGCGACCGCGGCACGGGGAAGUCCACCGCUGUUCGCUCCCUCAUCGACCUCCUUCCGGAGAUCCGUGUUGUCGCAGGCGACCCCUUCAACUCAGACCCGGAGGACCCCGAGUCCCUGUCUGCCGAUGCUCGCGCCCGCCUUGCCAACGGCGAGGAGCUUCCUGUCGCCACCACCAGGGUCGUCAUGGUUGACCUCCCACUUGGCGCCACCGAGGACCGCGUCUGCGGCACCAUCGAUAUAGAAAAGGCCCUAACUGACGGCGUCAAAGCCUUUGAGCCUGGCCUCCUUGCCAAGGCCAACAGGGGCAUCCUCUAUGUUGACGAGGUCAACCUCUUGGACGACCACUUAGUCGACGUGCUCUUGGAUUCUGCUGCAUCAGGGUGGAACACGGUUGAGAGAGAGGGUAUCUCCAUCUCCCACCCAGCCCGCUUCAUCCUCAUUGGUUCAGGCAACCCGGAGGAAGGUGAGCUCCGGCCGCAGCUCCUCGACCGGUUUGGUAUGCAUGCACAGGUCGUGACCGUGCGGGAUGCAGAGCUCAGGGUCAAGAUCGUGGAGGAGCGAGCCCGGUUCGACAAGGACCCAAAGGGGUUUAGAGGAUCAUACCAGGCUGAGCAGGAAAAGCUCCAGAACCAGAUAGCAUCAGCUCGGAGCAAUCUUGGUGCUGUUCAGAUUGAUCAUGAUCUUAGAGUUAAGAUAUCCAAAGUUUGUUCUGAGCUAAAUGUGGAUGGAUUGAGAGGGGAUAUUGUGACAAAUCGGGCGGCGAAGGCUUUGGCAGCAUUAAAGGGUAGGGAUAAAGUGACCGCGGAAGAUAUUGCAACCGUGAUUCCGAAUUGUUUGAGGCAUCGGCUUAGGAAGGACCCGUUGGAAUCAAUUGAUUCGGGGUUGCUUGUUGUAGAGAAGUUCUAUGAGGUUUUCAGCUGAAUUGAAGAUCAAAGAGGUUGGAUAAUGGAAAACAGAAUCUGACCUAAAAGAGUUGCAAAUGCCCAGGUGCUGCUGCUUUGCAAAAGUGAAUAAGCUAUUCCGGAGCCAGGUCAGACACGAUCUAACUAGGUGGCAGAGAGUAUUCUUAUGGUUUUUUGAAUUGGUUGACGGAUGCUAAUUAUCCGAUAUCUAUUGGUAAAAAUGUAAUCAGUCUAUGACCUAUCACCAUGUUUCUCUGCUUACCUAGCUGUGAACUUCUACAUAUGAUCAUUUGGUAGUGCUUCUCCGAAACUUUUUGUUCUUUGCUUUAGUUUUAAAAAUAUAAGCUGAAGGACACUCUUUAGAAAAGAGAAGCUUACAACUUCCAAAAGCCAUGGAAACAAAAGAAUUUUACAUGUGAUUUUGGACAGUUCCUGUAAAGAGUUAAGCAUA